AGGAAUGCUUGGUUAUGCUAGGAAAUUGCACAUGGCUCCUUUUAUCUUCUAUGUUAGGAUCAAUAGUAUGAUUGCCGCUAGCGCAUUAAAAAGCUCUUUUAUUUUUUUUUGCCCCCUUCACAAUGUUUUUUAUUGCUGAUCCAUGAAUCUUUCUGUAUAAAUGCUCUAAUACCAUGCCAGCUAAGUCAACUUUCUUUGAUGGUUCUGGUUUUUGCUUGCUUUGAGGUUAUAUAUCCUUUUGGAUAGACUUUAUUUUCGACAAGUGCCGUGCUUGUUUUACUGUUUUGGGCAACCUUCUUGCUGGUUUGAUGAGAGAUUUGGAUGACUUGACAUAGAAUUUCUUCUUUUAGUUAAGCAAACUGCCAGUGAAAUCAUUCAGCUGUAGGCCCUUUGGCAAUUCUAUUAUGGGAAGAGAACUUUGUGUUGCUGAAAUUGAAGUCCAGAAGGGCAAGCCCUUGCUUGUUGCCACUAGCCAUCUUGAAAGCCCCUGCCCGGGUCCUCCAACAUGGGACCAGAUGUUUAGCAAGGAACGCGUGGAGCAGGCGACAGAGGCUCUCAGCUUUCUCAAGAAGAACCAAAAUGUGGUUUUCGGUGGUGACAUGAAUUGGGAUGACAAGUUGGACGGUCAGUUUCCUUUACCAGAUGGAUGGAGUGAUGCUUGGGCAAACUUAAGGCCAGGAGAAAAUGGUUGGACAUACGAUACCAAGUCCAACCAGAUGUUGUCCGCAAACCGCACUUUGCAGAAGCGUCUAGAUCGUUUUGUUUGCAAGUUGCAUGAGUUCAAGAUCAGUGGAAUUGAAAUGAUUGGGAUGGAUGCAAUACCGGGUCUAUCAUAUAUCAAGGAAAAGAAAGUGAAGAAGGAGAUCAAGAACUUGGAGCUUCCUGUUUUGCCCAGUGAUCAUUAUGGCUUGCUUUUGACAAUCUGUAGCGAGUAAAGUCUGUUCCGCGAAGUAAAUGAUCCAGUAAAUAAGCAACCGGAAGAAGUCAAUGGUCGAGUUUAUGCUUGGUAUUUUGCAGAGUUUCCAUGCGUGAUAUGCAUGCAGUUAUGUAUAAUUACCGGUGAAAUGAUGUAAAGCUGGUACAUUUUGUAAGGUAUACUUAAUUUCGAAUGAAACGGAUGCACUUUGGGAGUAUUUUGUCAUUUCAUCUUUACCAUGGAGAAGAAGUCUUUGUUCGACCAUCUCUUCCCACUUACUGUAAUUCAUAUUUAAGCUUUUUGUGAAAAGUUAGAGAUAGAAGAUAUCU